UAAAUUCCUCUCUUCUCUGCAGAAGCAGCCAUGGCUGCUGCGACUCCAGCACAACUGCUCCUCGCUGAACUGACUUGUUCGGUGUGUCUAGAUUAUUUUAAAGACCCAGUGUCUCUAGCUUGUGGGCACCAUUUCUGCCAGGCCUGCAUCACUCAGUGCUGGGAAGGAUUGAGUGCAGACUUCCCCUGUCCUGAGUGCAGAGAAACCUUCUCCCGGAGAAACCUCAAACCAAACAGACAGCUGAGGAAUAUCGUAGACGCUUCCAGAAAACUGACACUGGAGUCAGCAAAAGAACCAGACGUUGAGACUGUGUGUGACAAACACAAGGAGAAUUUAAAAGUCUUCUGCCAAAAGGAUCAAACACUCAUUUGUGUGGUUUGCCAUCUGUCCCAAGAUCACAAAGGACACCCUGCGGUUCUCAUAGAGGAGGCUGCUGAGGAUUACAAGAAACAAAUUCGGAGCCGUUUGGAGAGUUUGAAGAAAGAGAGCGAAGAGAUUCUGACAUUUAAAUUGAGUGGGGAAAAUAAAAGCCCUGAACUGCUGAAACAGCUACAAACUGAGAAGCAGAAGAUUGUGGCUGAAUUUCAGCAACUGCGCCAGUUUUUGGAGGAACAAGAGCGACACCUGCUGGCCCAGUUGGAAGAGCUGAAGAAGGAAAUUGGAAAGGGGAGGGCUGAGUAUGUUGCCAAAUUAUCUGAGGAACUCUCCUCUUUCAGUUCCCUGAUCAGUGAGUUGGAGCAGAAGUGCCAGCAGCCAGCGAGUGAAUUCCUGCAGGACAUCAAAGGCACCUUGAGCAGAUGCGAGAGGGAGAAGUUUCAGAACUCAGGGGCCUUUUCUUCUGACCUGAAAUGGAGACUCUGGGAAUCUUCUCAAAGAAAUGCAUCUCUGGAGACCAUAGUGCAGAAAUUCAAAGACUCACUCUCGUCCAGACAGCGGUUGGACAAAGCGAACGUGACUCUGGAUCCACACACGGCCCAUCCCCAACUCAUCGUAUCUGCGGAUCGGAAAAGUGUGAGAUUGGGAUGCACAAGGCAGGACCUGCCCGACAACCCUGAGAGAUUUGACCCUGCGCCCUGUGUGCUGGGCUGUGAGGGAUUCACCUCAGGCCGACACUACUGGGAGGUGGAGGGGGGGGCUGGGGGAGUCUGUGAUGUGGGGGUGGCCAGAGCAUCUGUGAGCAGGAAAGGACGGAUCAGCCUUAACUCUGAGCAGGGGGUCUGGGCUGUGGAGAGCAGGGAGGAUCAGUACUGGGCUCACACGUCCCCUGAGCAGCGCAUCCGCUUCCCCCCGAGCUCAGCACCCCGCAGGAUCCGGGUGUAUCUGGACUAUGAACAGGGGCAGGUGUCGUUUUUCAAUGCUGGUACCGGGGACCCAAUCGUCACUUUCCCGCCGGCCUCUUUCGCCGGGGAGAGAAUCCGCCCGUUCUUUGGUGCUGUUGGUUCUAGUGCGCGGCUCACCCUGUGUCCCUGAGGUGCCCUGUCUGUGCCCAUGAAACAGGCUCCUCUAGCCCCCACCCCCCUGAUCUGUAUGGCCUGGAGGACUCAGCUGCCCGCCUCCCCCCUACGCAGAUUGGGCUGAAGGGGGGUGACGCUCUCCCCGUAGCUCUAUGGCUGUGGAGGUCUGUGGGAGGCUCUAGGCUGGGACUCUGCUCCUAGGAGGCCAACUCUGUGCAGUGGGAGGGGGGUGUCCCACCAAGGAAGGAGGGAGCCGCCUUGUGGGGGAUGGACCCAGCCGAGGGCCAGGGAGAGACCCCUCAACUGGCGGGGAGGCCUGGCUGAAGGGGCUGCGGGGAGAGGAGCGGGGGACAGCCCAGAGGGCAAACCAGGCGCCAGGCGGGAGAGGUUCCCAGGAGACCAGGGGCAGGUGUCGCAGGGGAAGCAGAGCUGGGCAGGGAGGACCCAGCUGCACAGACAACGUCCUGCCCCUUGACUUGGGGCGCACAGAGGCUGGGGACCCGUCGGGCCCCCCAGGGUUCCCCCAAUCAGAGCCCAGGACUGGAGUCCUCUGCUCCCCUUCAGCGGCUCUUCCAGCUUACUCUAUGUGUCACUCCGUGCAGCCGAUGAAGGGGUUUUAGCCCACGAAAGCUUCUGCCCAAUAAACGUGUUGGUCUCUAAGGUGCCACAAGGACUCCGCGCUGUUUUUGCUGAUACAGACUAACACGGCGACCCCUCUGAAACCUGACCCAGUCGAUUACGUGGCCUCUUCUCUUUCAUCCCACAACUCUUCCUCGCGCCGCCAUGUUCUGGGGCAGUCAAUAGGGGCACCACAAGCCAAAUCCAGACCGCCAGACACUAUUGAACGGAGCACGAAAUCUUUUAUUUACUUAU